AUGAACGUCUCUGACCCGCGAGAGCUGACUCGUGUUGAGGACUUUUCCGGCUGGUCAAGCUCUGAACUAUCUACUCCGUUGCAGAAGAGUCGCACCUUGAACGAAUCGCAAAGUCCAGCUCGGAGCUCGUCGCUCACCAGUCUGAGCGACAUUGACGGGUUGGAGCAUGCGUUGGGGGAUUUGAAAACCUGGGUCCAGGAGGAUACCAAGCUUUCCGAGCUGGCAGAGUCCUUGCCAGCUGAGAUUCUUGCACAGGUAAGAGUGUCUUGGGUGCGCGCUAACGUAGAGAUUUUGCAGCAUGUCUCUCCGAAGGACCUCGUCUCUGCCAUGCUCGUCUCCAAGUCAUGGUGCUUUGCUGCCUUUCACUUGUUGUGGCAGAAACCUGCCCUCUCGUCCAUCACGCAGUUUGCCGAUUUCGUCCGAGUCAUUACGAGUCCAUCUCCUCUUCUACCCUAUGCUUUGACUGUUCGACGGCUGUCGUUCAAUGGGUUCUCCAAGCAUCUGUCCGACAGACUCUUCAGAGACAUCGUGGCAUGCAAGAAUUUGGAGCGGGUUACCAUGCCAGGAGCUACGAACCUGUCCUCGUCUGCUCUCUGUGAGGUGUUCGCCAACCUGGAGGAGCUGGUUGCUAUCGAUUUGAGCGGGGUAACAGCAGUAGAUGACAGCGUCGUCUCGACCAUCGCGGCAAAAUGUCGACGCGUUCAAGGCUUGAACCUGUCCAGGUGCAAUAAAGUCGGAGACGAGGGACUUUUGGCGAUCGCUCGAAACUUGAGGAUGCUUCGAAGGAACUUGGCGCAGAAUGCUGUACCGGAUCUUGAUCUAGCGGCUGCCGCCGACGAGGAUGGUCUAUAUGACAUUAUCGGCGCCUACCCGUGGUACUUUCUCGACGUUCCCUCGCCGAAAGCAAUGUGGAGGACGUCCUCACGUCCUAAAGGCGUGUCACUCGGCCAAAUACGCCCCUUUUGCAAGUCUUUCGAGCAACUGCGGGUGGUCGACCUGACCAGUUGCCUUGGCCUAGGGGAUGACUCUGUUGAGCAUUUGGUGAACAAUGCGCCGCAACUUCGAAACCUUACUCUCGCCAAGUGCUCAAACCUGACGGACGCAUCGAUUGACAGCAUUACGAGGUUGGGAAAGCAUUUGCACCACCUGCACUUGGGCCACGUCUCCAAUGUGCACCAUGAGGAGAUCCUGACGGCAGAUUGCUCUUUGCUCGGAGAUGUCAGCGUGGUUGCGCUUGCCACGUACCUCCCCAAGCUCCGACGCAUCGGAUUAGUAAAGUCCCUCGCCCAACGGUCGGCCACGCUGGAGAGAGUGCACCUUUCCUACUGCGAGAAGAUCACCGUUCCCGCCGUGGCGUACCUUUUGAACCGGCUGCCACACCUUACACACUUGAGUGUUACUGGUAUAGCAGCUUUCCGCACUCCCGAGCUCCAGCAGUUCUGUCGCACGGCCCCCGAGGUUGGUUGA